AUAGGUCGCUUCGUGCCUUACACACCGAAAACAAACCUUCACGAGAUUUGACGUAAUUAAAGAAAAAUAUAAAUCUUGUUUUUUUUUUUUUUUUCAACGGUGAAGAGUGGAUAAAGGGGUAGAAUCGGAUUUCUGUGGUAUUUAUUUACUGAUUUGUUCAUUAAGACCUGCGUCUAAGCUCUUGCUCCUGGAAUCUUGGGUUAGGGUUUGCAUCAUUUCUUCUUGUGCUUUCUCAGUUAUAGGCUUACUUGCGAAUUUCUGUUAUGCGUUCUGAGCCAGAAGAGUGAUUGUGUCUUUAGUUCGUAUUGGACUGUAUGCUUUGGAAGUUAUGAAAUAUUCUCUUUUAUGUAGUGGUACUGUUGUGUUCUCUGUAAGAGACUCGUUCAAGCAAAACUGUUUUGCUUAAGUAGAUAAGAUGCCACCUACUUAUUUUGCAAGACUCAGAACUGCUGCUAAGAACGGAAUCCAGAGACCAUUAAUUGGUCAAGAAGGCAGGUACCAGGACUCGCUUGAAGUUUUAAUUGAGCAAGGAAAGUUUGGGCUAUGCAGUAAUAGGCUAUUUCAUUCUUCACAACUUGUGGCACAUACAGACUCGAAACUACUUUUGCGACCUGGAACUGUUUUUGCUGCGACAGAUUUGCUUUUAUUUAAUCAAAGAAAGAACCUUGCUGUUGUUGGAGCACUUUCCCGCCCAUUCUCGGUUCCUUCUGUGUCUGGCCCGACAUUUCAGGUCUGUGGUUAUCACGUUGAUCGCGCUCUCUCUGAGUCUUGUCAAUUAUCAGUAAGCAGCAAGUUUCAGGGUAAACCAAUGGCAGGCUGUGGUUCUAAAGCUCUGCUGGGUGAAGUAUGUUUAGAUAGUUUUUAUUCAAGGUGUGCAAAUCCUUCAUUAUUUAAAAGCAAUGCUGGUACAGUUUCUAGAAAUACAUUAAGUUUGUAUAGAUGCAGAAAAACUAGCAUGAGCUUGAAAAGCCAAGAGCAGCCUGGAAAUUAUUCUGUUUAUGGAUAUUUAAUGUACAAUGCUGCCAAAAGAUGGGUGAAUGUUUGGCCAUACACAGAGUCAGGAUUGAGAUAUUUUCAUAUCUCAUCUUCUACAUGCUUUUCUGCUGGAACUGCCCCUGAUGUGUCAUUUGACAACUCUGCCCGUGAAGAGCAGGUCGCAAGUUCUAUAGAAUCGUCAGAACAGAAGAUACCAGCUGGCAAAACCCUGAAGCUACUGUCAGGAUCCUGUUACCUCCCUCAUCCUGAUAAAGAAGAAACUGGUGGGGAGGAUGCACACUUUAUUUGUGUGGCCGAACAAGCAGUGGGUGUGGCAGAUGGUGUUGGUGGCUGGGCAGAUCUCGGUGUUGAUGCUGGGAAAUACUCUCGGGAACUUAUGUCGAAUUCUGUGACUGCAAUUGAACAUGAGCCAAAGGGUUUAGUUGAUCCAGCAAGGGUCUUGGAGAAAGCUUACUCCAGCACAAAGUCCAAAGGUUCGUCAACAGCAUGUAUCAUAGCACUGACAGACCAGGGUCUUCACGCAAUUAAUUUGGGAGACAGUGGCUUUAUGGUGGUUCGAGACGGAUGCACUGUAUUUCGAUCCCCUGUCCAGCAGCAUGGUUUUAACUUCACCUAUCAACUCGAGAGUGGAAAUAAUGCUGAUUUACCUAGCUCUGGUCAGGUUUUUACAAUUCCUGUUGCUCCUGGGGACGUUAUAAUUGCUGGAACAGAUGGCUUGUUUGAUAACUUGUACAACAAUGAGAUUACUGCAGUUGUGGUUCAUGCCAUGAGAGCUGGCUUGGGACCUCAGGUGACAGCACAGAAGAUAGCAGCAUUGGCACGUCAACGGGCACAGGAUAAGGACCGGCAAACACCUUUUUCCACUGCUGCACAAGAUGCUGGAUUCCGCUAUUAUGGUGGCAAGCUGGAUGACAUCACUGUUGUUGUUUCAUACAUUACUGGUUCUGAUGAGGAGAAGAAGUCGUCUUAAGGACUAAUUUUCCUGAGUAAUCCUGUUAGUAACCAAUUUUGUCAUUAGGGAAUCAAAUAUUACUCGUGUACGUACGUACAUUGGUGGAUUGUGCAGCCUCUGUUUUAGUCAGUGCUUUUCAUGUGGUGGUUGAGGUGCUGUAUUGAGAUCUUGGAGGGGGAGAUUAUAUCUAGAUAUGUUUUACACGUUCAAACCACAACUGUCUGAUUUGUAAAUAAAUAUUCCUUGUUUUCUU